CAAGAAGUACCAGAAUUCAUGCUGGAGAUGGAGAAAAGUUUUGUGGAAGCUGGAAUCAGUCGAACGUUUGGUCAACCAUCGUUUGGAAGAACAGAAUUUGGUCAACAGAGCAAUACCAAUGCGUGGGAUCUGACUACUACAAAGUUCAAAAUCCAUAUAGGUGCUGAAGACACUGAAGUAAGCGCCAGUGCAGCUCCGAACUCUUCUAUCCCUAGUAGUGGGGAUCCAUGGGCUAGUUCUAGCGGUUGGGGCGAGAGUACUCAAAAGUUUAAGUUUUUCAUCUUAGAUGAUGAACCAACUAUUGAAGAUAACGAUGCGAAUGUAAAUGAAGAGGGUGAGUCUUAUUUAUGUAAAGUACCUCUUGUGGCGGAGAGAAGUGCCAAGUCAGAAGAUAUUUCUGAGCUGAGCAGACAGGAUAAUCUAAAAUCUGCUGUGACUUUUCCCCUGAACACCCGAGAUAAUUCAUUUGGUACUUUUGACGAUUGGGACACCUCUGGUGCCGUUUGGGGAUCAGGUAUCGAUGACUACUACCAGCCAUUACUAAUAUUGCAUGAUUGUGUCGCUU